GAUCGUCAUCGUGGAAGCGAAAGAACUGAUUUUUAGGCCUGAAAAUGGGUGAAAAGGAAAAAUUUUCAUGUAAAGUCUGGGAAAAAUUCAUGGGGGACUCGGUAGUGGCAUAUUGAUUAACCGAGUAGGAGGAGGAGGACUCACAGAACUCGUCGAUGCACACGCGAGAAAGAUAUUUAUGUAAUUAAGUCGCUUUGAUCGGUUCGCUGCCUCCGUUUCGAACCUGCGAAUGAUUUAUUUGAAAAUGUCGGAGAAAUCGCCGGUGCAAACAGUUUUAUGCAUAAAUUUAUAUAUACAUUUAGCGGGGGUAAUAUACACAAAACGAGAUCAUGUUUUGCUGUUGCCGUACCAACUCCUCCGAUUUGGCAUCUUCUAAGAUGUUGGCAGCCCUGGGAUCAGCGAGCGUUUGUACACCAAAAUGACCUUAGUCGAAACCACACCAUUUGAAGCGCAUCUCAAGAACGGAACCCCUGUCGUAAACUGAGGACUGCCUGUAGUUCCUUCAUACCCAUCUUGUUCUUCCGCUUUUGGGUGCUCAUAACUCGUCAUACUUCAGUAUUGUUUUGGUACUAUGUUCAUUAAUGAAUAUAUUGGCACCACCUAUAUCACCGAUUUGAUCCUGGGCAGCCAGUUCCUUCCUGCUUUAGCAACUAUUGAUUCUAAGGACGGUGAAUUUAAGGCUCAGGUUGGCGUCCUACAAUGCAGACGCUGUGCUUCCAGUUUCAUACAGGUGAAAGAGGCUCUGUCACACUAUCGGUUACACUUAUUUGAAUCCCAUAAGCAGCAUUUUACUGUUGUAGUUGGUGGUGCAUGUCCCUUGCCAGAAUGCCCUCAUGCUGCAGACAAGAAUCCAAUUAUUCAUUUCCACUGCACAUACUGCUCCUUUACAUCCACUGAGAUUAUGGACCUUCCGUUACAUAUGGAAAAACGUCAUCUGGCAUUUUAUCGUGAAGUGAGUUUGGUGCUACGUGGUGAUGACAUCCAGCGCACAAAGGUAUAUACGUGUGGUGAAUGUGGUAAAAAAAUUCAGGGAACUGUCUCAACUGUGCAACAUUUGUUAGAUCAUGACCCUGAUAACACAAAAAUAAACAAGUGUAAACCAACAACUCUUGUGAAUGGUGGUGAACAUAAAACUGAAGAGCAAUUCCUCCAUAAUGGUGUUAGUAAAACUGAAAUUAAUAAUAUCAAUAGAAGUGUUUUACAAGGUAGUUUGAAAGGAUUGCAGAAUGGAACUGAUGAAGUGAGAACUGAAGGUGGAAGCAACGAUAAAUUAAAGUUUAUAGUUGAUGGGAAAUUAUUUAAAAUCAAUCACAUGCCUGAAAAUGUGCAAAUCCCUCUAGUUAGUAUAGUCAGUUCAGGAGAAAACACAAAUACAAGACAAGAGAUGAAUACUGUUAGUGUUGCGGGACUCCCAAAUGCCAGUCUGGUCACUGCCAGACAGGUUAAUGUCAGACAAGAUGCAGACACUCAGCCAAAUGUAAAUAAUACAAAUAUUAGUGCUGAAGUUUCUCACAGUGAAAAACACAUGAGUCCAGUAGAAAAUGGAAAUGAUGUGGAAAGUGGAAAUUCAGAUGAAAAGCCUUCCUCUUCUUAUAAUCAUGUGGAGGAGGUGGUUGAAAUUAACCCAUUGGACUUACUAACAACAGUGUUAGAAGAGGACCAGAAGAGUGAAAAUCCUGUGUUACCAGCUGAACACUUCUUGUUAAGUCUUCCAAAUACCUCACACUUCCUCGAGAAUGAUGGAGGUGGUCAGGAUGACUCAGCAGAUGGCUACCAAGAAAGCCAGGAGAAUGAUGACGAGGGGAGCAACGAUGGCAGUGACAUUCCUAGUGAUAUUUUACUGGACCAUCCAGGUGUCUUUCAGUGCAAUAGAUGCAAUGAAGCAUUCAAAUACCAAUACCUUUUGGUGUCACAUAAAAGGCAGGUCCACCAGGGGCAGAAUGCACUGUUUCAGUGCCAAGUAUGCAAUAUGGAAUUUAGUGGUUUGCAAGAACUGAAGCGGCACAUGAUGACCCACUCAGGAGCUAGUAUGUAUACCUGUCAUUUGUGUGGCCAAGGUUUCUCAGAUCGUCCUUCUCUCAAAGCACAUAUCGUUACUCAUGGAGGGUCUGCAGAGAGGUCAAACAAAUGUGAGACCUGUAAUGUAGAAUUUGUAUCAAAGUCAGAAUUGACUCGACAUAUCGUCAAGUAUCAGGGAACAUGUAAUCCUAAUAAAAGCGCUGAGGGAGUCCGUUGUGCAACCUGUGGGGAGGAUUUGGCUAAUCUGGAAGCACUCAAGGAGCAUAGACGUACAGCACAUCCUACGCCAGACCUCAAUGCGGGGUCUGGUAAGAAAGGAUUUGAAUGUGACUACUGUGGUAAAACUUUCAACUGCCGAUCCAAUCUUCGAGAUCAUUUAGUGGUCCACACAGGAGAAAAACCAUAUCCUUGUGACAUAUGUGGAAAGUCUUUCAGUUUCAUUCAUAAUAUGAAGACCCAUAGGCUCACUCACAACGAAGGCCGUAACGAAGUUUGUCCAUAUUGUGACAAAGCUUACAAGAGCAAAAUAUCCCUCUAUUAUCAUAUGAAGAAAGGCAAUUGUCGAGGCCUUUCUACAAAAGAGGUACCAGAAGGGUACCAUCGUUGUACAGACUGCCUACAAAUGUUUGCAAGUGAAGAUAGAUUUAAGUGUCACAAAGAGAAGAACAUCUGCCAAGUUUCUCACAGAUGUCAGCACUGCGGGCUUCGAUGCUCUUCAGAAACACGUCUUAAAAACCACCUGCAAAAGGGCCUUUGCAUAAAGAAGGAAUCGCCAUCAUCACCAACCUCAACAGUGCUAGAAAGCGGAGGUCAGCAGGGAAAGAACAUGAAAAGGUCAGUGAAGAAAUUGUGUGUGACAGAUGCAAUUACACAAAAGACUGUUGUUGUACCUUCUCCUGCAGCCAUUGUGGAAAACGUGUAUUUUCCAUUAUGGCGUAUACUUUGCACUCAGAGAGAAAACCUGUCCCAGGUCCUUAAGCAACGUCGUGAACGCAUCAGAAUGGCAAUCAUGGAAAAGAGGCGACGUAAGGAAGGUCUCUUGUCAGAAAGCAAAGAGAUUCCUGAAUUGCCAGAAGCUCCAUAUGAAUUCCAAGAUGGAGAUGAUGAUAGUAAUUCUGGAAGCUUGACAGAUUUAUCUACGUUUUCACCUCGCCAAAACAUAUACCAACAGUUACUGAUGCUACCGAUGAAUAACAGCAAUUUAGCCAAGAGACAAGAAAACCCAGAGUCAAGGUUUCAUCUUCAGGUGUUAAGGUUGCAGUUGUCAUCUGUUUUAUGUGACUGUUUUAAGAGGGACAAUCUUUUGCAAGACACGGCAGCAUAG